AUGUCGAUACCGAUAUCUCACAGUAACUCGUCCGAGUCAUCCUCCACGGCGAACGCGAACACUUUGACAGACUCACACAAUGACCUCAUUAAUGUUCUCGGAAAGCGUGGUCCUGGAGAAGACUGGCGACAGAGCUUCCACGCGCUGAAAUCGAGGAAACAUCAAGAAGAUUCGUUGCUACAAGAGGAACCACCCUCUCCGCCGCCAGAACCAUCCAGAAGGCCGCGUAUCCUUCGACUUUUUGCAGAACGAGCUAUGGAACGUCAAUCGAAAAAUAGACAAAGGGAUGUUGAAGCUUCGGAUCAGACGCCCAUCGCCAAAGAUGUUGAUAUGGUGGAGGCUCCCGAGAAUCCCUCAUCCAUCGUAGAUAAUGUUCGCACAGUCUGGAAGCAAAUCACUGGCAUGGGACAAUCUUCCACUAACAAUGCACCCAAUGCACCACCGCAAACUAUCAAAGAUGCCACCCAGAUUCCCGCUAUGUCAGGAGGAGAAACAAGGUCGACUCCUUCGACCCUGCAGGAAUUGCUUCAAAUGUAUCCUGUCCCUUCUCAGCCAUCAGCUCAACAAACCGCAAGUACCGCCGACAAUGCAGUCAUUGCGAUGACUAGUGAAAUACAAUCUUCAACUCAUCGGGAUAUACUGAUGCCGGACUUUCACAUUACUACGUCAACAUCCACCGGUCGUCCUGCAGAAGCCAACUCAACAACAUCUGCAUGGAAUCAUCAAGGGCAUGGGGCGCAAGAAAAUAGUUACGUCUCGGUUGACGUUAACAUGGAACGAACCUCCCUGCUCAGUCAGACACCUCAGGAUAACCACCAGCGACAAGCCAUUGGUCAAAGAGACAAUUGCUCUCGACCUAGCCUUCCUCGUACACCGUCUCAUAUCCAAAUGCAGGAUAUCUUGUAUGGUGCCCCACCCGCUGUCAGCGUCAACAAUACGGGAAAGUUGAAAGAACCAGCGGCAUCCUCAUUAUCAGAUCCAUCAUCACAAGUAAGACAGGUAGGGGUCCGUUUCGCAUCUCAUGCUUCGGUGGUGAAUGGGGCUUUCACAAGUCUUCAACCAGUUCAGCAGCAACAAACAGAACGAGCCGGCAGGAUAGCUCAGCCUAGCGCCUUGUAUGGUAAUAGCCUGGAAGCAGCCGAUACUAACAUGUGGGUUAUACAACCAGAAGCCAAAAGGCAGUUUAUAGGUUACUUCGAGAAAUUAGGGGCAAAAAAUGGUACCAUCAAUAUGGGACAGGCAUGGAAAUAUUUGUCAGAGUCGAGAUUAUCUUCAGAACUACUCCUACAAAUUUGUGGGCUUGCGGACACUCAGAAUUGUAACACUUUGGAUAGCGACGACUUCUGCAUUGCCGUCCAUUUGGCAAAUUUAUUAUCGAGUGGUCGCUUGAAAACGGUUCCGACAACUUUACCGCCCGUAAUAGUGAGAGCCGAAAACUGGUUCAAGAGCCUCGAUUUCGAGAAAACUGGACUUGUACGAAAGGACACUCUCAUCUCGAACCUACUCAGUAGUAAUGUGCCGUUAUCUGUUGUGACUCGGGUCGCAAAUUUAGUCAACCUCAAAAAGCAAGAGACACUCGACUGCGAAUCUAUUAUACUCACAUUGCACCUGAUUGAGGAGGCAUCAACUGGGAAACCCCUUCCGGAGACACUGCCUACCAGCCUAAUUCCCCCAUCACAUCGGCCUACUCAGAAUCCAGCCAACACGAGAUUCGCCACCUCAAGUAAUACCUUAACUCAAAGAAACAGCUUCUCAGGUACUGUCGUAGAGCCGUCGUCUUUCACUUUUCAGCCGAGUACAAGUACAAUCCCAAAUCCGCUGAGCUAUCAACAGGGUCACCCAGUGCAAGCUGAUGCUCAUGUUCCUUCAGCAAACCAAGGAUGGGAUACUCUUUUAGCAGAAAUAGGACAAGAGCGUGCUCGACGCGAUAAGGAGAAAGUAUUAGUAGACAAUCUACCACCACUUAGUAGCUCAUGGCCACAUCAAGGCAACAUACCGCACAAUACUGACACCCACGAUGAGGCCAGUGGCGCCCUUGGCGCUAUGUUUGGUUCACGUCGGAAUACACCAAAAAAGCCUAUUCCUAUCGAUCCCUACUCCAAAGAGCCGGAACACGUUAACUUUCGACAAAAAAUCAAAAGACAUCUCUUACAUCUUCUGAAGAUAGAAGGGUAUCCGCAUCUAAGGCGCAUUCACCCCCCCCCAACCGACCAAGAAAAUGAAUUGUAUGAGAUACAUGCCCCUGGAAGGAUCCUAGUUUCCCCAGAAACGUUUCGAAUCGACCUGUCUAGGUCUCGGAAUUCACCAUUCAACCGUCACUGUAUCAACGUGUUUGCGAAACAUUUCCGGCACUCUGUUGUGACGGAUCGUUGGUAUUCUUAUCCUCAGAUCCCCGAAAAGUAUCUUCCAAUUGAGUACAUCGAGCUCUCCCUCUACCUUCACCUCAAGCACGUCAAAGGGGAAUACCGAGCUUUUGUAACACAUCCGUCAAUUUCAAAGCGACUUCAGCAGCUACAGAACUCUUCGAGGAGUACUAGGAAAACACGGCUAUUCAAUGCCCGGCUCAAAGUGGUCUUGCAAGAGAGCUAUAUGGCACAUCAUAUCGACCUUAUGAAAAAUAUGGGAUCACAGGCCGUGAGCUCAGAUGAAUCCGAACCAGAAGGUCCCGACGACCAAGACGACCCCCAUGCCGAAGAAGCUAGCGUUCACUCGCACAAAUCCUUUGUCCGGAUUACUCCAGCGUGGCGCAGCGACGACUUGUCUAGAUUCAUGCACAAUCUCGAUACUGUCAUACAACGUCGACGCGAGCCGAGGAUUGGACACCGUGCGAUUCGAGGGCAGCAACCUAGGCACAGGAAACACUCUGAUAUGGUUAAUUUAAAAUCUGUGGCCCCGCCCGGCCUUCCGUGCAAUUGCUAUAAGCCAGAAUGGCUGGCUUCCUUGGACAACGAAGAGAUAAAGAAAUUGGAGAUGAAGGAACAACAUUAUGUUUUCAGAGUGGGGACCGAUCAGCCCGUAGCAACAUCAAACUUUACCACGCAGCAUACUGGCAUGCCGCCGCCGGUACAAAGUGUUGCUGCUGGUUCCACACACGCAGACUGUGCACAAUUCUCGUUUGGUGUACUGCCAAGUGAUCUCGCGGCUCCAGCCUCGGUCUCCAGCUCGAGACCUAUACAUAAACUCACAUCGCGAAGGCAGCUUAGCAAAACACCUUUCUUAUUUUCCUUUCCAGAAACAGACCCUGUUCAAUCUCAUGUCGAGUAUCCAACAUCCUUUCCAUUCUCAGACUCCAAUCUGGGCCACGAAUCAAUGCAAGAAACUGUGCCACCACUGUCAGAUCAAGGUGUCGAUGGUUCCUUGCUGAUGGAAUCGGCAGCCCACCUCACGCCAACACCCCAAUCUAUACCUCCUAGUCCUAAAAAACUAUCACCACUGUCAAGCCAGCAUACUCCCUGUGAUUCAUCAAACCUAGCCGGUGCCACCCAAGAAACACUUGAAACUAAUUCUCCAACGCCCACCCUUGCAAAUUUUACAGUCAGCACAGAGGUCACUGAGCAACCGGUUCAGUUUUUCAGAAGUCCUAUACUACUUGCGUCUCAAGAACCUGGAGGCAUGAGUGAGUCGGUGCUUUGGAGAGAAGAUAGUGAGACGCGGCAGCAAUCCGUCAAUACCACUGAUGAUGACACUGAAGAUUUCACAGAAGCCCUAUAUGAUGUAGUCGACAAUUCAGAUGAUGAAGGAGAUUUAUAG